AGUUUUGAGGUUAGGUUUCCUGUUGUUAGUAGACAGCAUUGUUUAGUAACACGUGUUUAUUUUUACUUAUGACAGAAUAAUAAAAUAUUUUCUAAAAAUAUAUCUAGAAACGCAAUCUUAAGAUACAAAUAAAAUGGCGAAAUCGUUGCGUAGUAAAUGGAGGAGGAAAUGUAGAGCAGUCAAAAGGGAACGCUAUGGAGCAAAAGAAUUAGACAGGUUAAAGAAAACAUUAGGUAUUAAUGAGAAUGGGUCACAGGAUGUUGAGAUGUCAGAGAUAUCGGAAAUUGCUACAGUCGUUGAUGCAAAAAAGAUUAAAGAAAAUACAAAGACAAAACAAGAUGCUGAGGCAGAUGGCACAGAUAUGAUGGAAGUAGACAGCAAUGGCAGAGUGUACAACAAAAAGACAAUGAGGGACCAGUUUGGAAAUUAUCCAGUAUGGAUGAACAGAAGAAAGAUCGCUAAACACAAAAAGGGCAGAGCAAAAUCACAAAAGGGAAACACAAAAUCGCACAAAAGGCUAACCAGGAAACAGAAAAAAUCGACGACGCAUACAUAACCACUUUAUAAUCUAUGCUUUGUUGAAUUUGUAAAAUGUACUAUUAUUGUAAUAAAAUAUAAGAACCUUUCUUUAGUAAACCAAUAAGAGCCACA